AGGGGACGAUGGGAUUGGGGCUCACUGGGUAGCCAAGCUGCCCGGUGGAGGCCGGGGCAGAACGUCGCCGGGGCCUCAGUCACCCCCGCGGGGUUCUCCGCGCUCUCAGGAGCAGACGUCCCGCGCAGGGCACCGCCCUGCCUGACCCACGCGGGGACACAGUGGUAGAGUGGGACGGCGAGGCUCCGCGCCUCUGUCAGCGGCCUAGCUGAAGGCCCGCCGCCAUGUCCCGGGUACUGGUCGUGGGCGCCGGGCUAACCGGAAGUCUGUGUGCCGCGCUGCUGAGGAAGGAAAUAACCGCCCCCCUGUACCUCGCCCUGUGGGACAAGGCUGGGGAUAUAGGGGGAAGAAUGAUUACUGCCAGCAGUCCUCAUAAUCCCCGAUGCACAGCUGACUUGGGAGCUCAGUACAUCACCUGCUCUCCUCAUUAUGUCAAAGAGCACCAAAAUUUUUAUGAGGAACUGUUAGCUGAAGGAAUUUUGAAGCCUCUGACAUCCCCCAUUGAAGGAAUGAAGGGGAAUGAAGGAGAUUGCAACUUUGUGGCACCUCAAGGAUUUUCUUCAGUUAUCAAGUACUACUUGAAAAAAUCAGGUGCAGAAGUCUUCCUCAAGCACUGUGUGACUCAGAUCCACCUGAAAGAUAACAAGUGGGAAGUCUCCACGGACACAGGCUCUGCUGAGCAGUUUGACCUUGUCAUCCUCACCAUGCCAGCUCCUCAGAUUCUGAAACUUCAAGGUGACAUUGUGAACUUAAUUAGUGAACGCCAGAGGGAGCAACUGAAAUCUGUGAGCUACUCCUCUCGCUAUGCUCUGGGCCUCUUUUAUGAAGUAGGCAUGAAGAUUGGUGUCCCUUGGUCCUGUCGCUACCUCAGCAGUCACCCCUGCAUAUGCUUCAUCUCCAUUGAUAAUAAGAAGCGCAAUAUAGAGUCAUCAGAAUGUGGUCCGUCCGUGGUGAUCCAAACCACUGUCCCAUUUGGAGUUCAACACUUGGAGGCCAGUGAGGCGGAUGUGCAGAAGAUAAUGAUCCAGCAAUUGGAAACCAUUCUGCCGGGUUUGCCUCAGCCGGUUGCUACCAUAUGCCAUAAAUGGACAUAUUCACAGGUUACAAACUCAGUUUGCAACAGACCUGGCCAGAUGACGCUUCAUCUCAGGCCUUUCCUGGUGUGCGGAGGGGAUGGAUUUACUCACUCCAACUUCAAUGGCUGCAUCUCCUCUGCCCUGAGUGUCAUGAAAGUUUUAAAGCGUUAUAUUUAGUGUCUGUGUUCUUGUUCUCUACAUUUACUUUAGGAUUUUUGUUUUCACAAUCCUCUGUUAUUAAUUGUUCUAUUUUCCUUUCUGUGAAGAGAAAUUACUUUGGAAGAUGUCUUCACUUACUGUUAUUUUAAAUAUGAAAUAUAAAAACAAUGUUAUAAUCUUGAUAGCUACUACCCAUAGUAAAAUGAUAACUUCUUAGGCUAUAUUUCUUCCUCACUUUUCUGACUUUUUAUUACUAAUCCUUAUUGGAGAAAAAUGGUACUUCUAAGUCAUAAAUAACCCAAGCGCAGAAUUAUACUAAACCAAAGUUCUCAUUCAUGGGAAAGCUUUAUUAUCCUUUUGAAAACUUCAGUUCUAAAUAAAGAACAGUUACUACCAAA